AGUUGACAUUGUUUUAGAAGAAGUUGACUUGGACAAAAACAAAAACAAAAAAAAAAACUCUUAUGCUCUUUUGCUUAAGGCAAGUGUUUCUCAGAAAUGGAUAAACUAGUACUUGCAUUUCAAGAGAUGAUGGCUCUCUGAAGAACAGAGAUGAUGGCAUCCAAGGCGCUUACGUUCCUUUACUGUGUGGUUCUCAUCAAUCUUGCUAAUUCCCAGGAUCAAACAGGAUUCAUUAGCAUAGAUUGUGGGUUAGAACCGGAAAACUCAAGCUACACGGAAACUUCGACGGGUAUAAAGUAUGUUUCGGAUUCGAGUUACACAGAGACAGGAACAACCAAAUCCUUGGCGCCUGAGAAUAGACAAAACAUGAUACAGAGCAUGUUGUCUGUUAGAAGUUUUCCAGAGGGAAUAAGAAACUGUUACACAGUUGCAGUUAACGACAGCACCAAGUAUUUGAUCCGAGCGGUUUUCAUGUAUGGAAACUACGAUUCAAGAAACGAGGUUCCCGAGUUCGAUCUUCACUUGGGUCCAAACAAAUGGGACACUGUUAAACUGGAGUCUCCUCUGCAAACAGUGACCAAAGAGAUCAUACAUCAAGUGUUGGAAGAUACAUUGCAAGUGUGUUUAGUGAAUACAGGAAACGGUAUGCCUUUUAUAUCGGUGUUGGAACUUAGACCGUUGUUGAAUUCAUCUUAUGUUGCUCAAUCUGGAUCACUCCAGCUCUUUCAACGGUUGGAUUUCGGGUCAUCAAGAAACGUAACGGUUAGGUAUCCAGAUGAUGUUUUUGAUCGGAUAUGGUUUCCUUUCACACCAAUUGGGUCUAAAGAGUUAAGUGAUCCGUCUACUUCCCUCUCACGCAACAGUAGCGGUAACUUCCGUGUUCCGCAAGUUGUAAUGAGAACUGCGAUUAUACCGGAAAGAGCAGGCGGGUCUGUAGACUUUCGAUGGAUUGCAGAUGAUCCUUCUCUUGAGUUUUACUUUUACAUGUAUUUCAUGGAAAUUCAAGAACCGAGUUCGAAUUCCGAAGAAAGAAGAGAAUUCAUGGUUUUGUUGAACGGAAGGACUAUUACGCAGCCGCUUAGUCUUGAUUACUUGCAGACCUUAGUCCUUCUCAGUUCAAAGCCUUUGACAGAAGAGAGCUACGAGUUUUCUAUUCGUCAGACUCGGAAUUCAACUCUUCCACCUCUUAUCAACGCUAUAGAGACUUACUUUGUAAACAAACUUCCACAAUCUUCAACAGAUCAAAACGACCUUUCCGCUAUGAGGAAUAUAAAGUCUGUCUAUAAAGUCAAGAGAAACUGGGAAGGAGACGCUUGUGUGCCUCAAGCUUACACAUGGGAAGGUGUGAAUUGUAGCUACAAUGGUACAAGCAUGCCUCGAGUAAUAUCUUUAAACUUAUCAUCGGCCGGAUUGACAGGAGAUAUAGCGUCUGAUAUAUCUCGUCUUUCACAGUUGCAAAUCCUGGACUUGUCGAACAACAAUCUGACUGGAUCAGUACCGGCUUUCUUAGCUCAACUUCAAUUCCUGAGAGUACUAAACUUGGCAAAUAACCAGCUUAGUGGUCCAAUACCGUCUAUUCUCAUGGAGAAAACAGAGAACGGCAUGUCGUUCAGUAUCAACGGGAAUCCAAGUAUUUGUCUUGAAAAUGCUUGUGAAGAGGUCACACAAAAGAGCUCCAAGAAGACAAAACUUCCCGGCUUUGUCAUUCCUUUAGUUGCAUCCCUUUCAGGGCUCAUUUUCAUUGUUACUAUAUCUGUAACUAUACUAAUUAUCCUCAUGAGGAAGAAAAAGCGAGGCACCAUUAACAGGACGAUUACAAGUUCGAGUAAUGGACCAUCAUUACAGAGGAGAGAUACUGGUUCAAUGCGUCCGUCUCUGCAGCGAAGAGAAACCACACGUCAAUCUUUUCAGAGAAUAGAAAGUGGAAUGACGGAUUACGAAGUGAAUGAAACAGCUCCUGUUGAUGCGUUUGAUUUGGAGCUAGCAAAUAGGAAAUACACGUACGCAGAGAUUGUGAAUAUCACAAAUGGGUUCGAGAGAGAUCAAGGCAAGGUAGUUGGAAGAAACUACCUAGGUCUGUUAGGUGGUAAAGAAGUGACUGUCAAGCUUGUCUCUUCGUUGUCUUCUCAAGGCUACAAACAACUCAAAGCAGAGGUCAAACACCUUUUCAGAAUUCAUCAUAGAAAUCUUAUAACCAUGCUUGGUUAUUGCAAUGAAGGCGAUAAACUGGCCGUUAUCUACGAGUACAUGGCAAACGGAAACUUAAAACAGCAUAUCUCAGAGAACAGUUCAACUGUCUUUAGCUGGGAAGAUAGACUUGGAAUCGCUGUUGAUGUCGCACAAGGACUUGAGUAUUUGCAUACUGGCUGCACGCCACCGAUCAUUCAUAGAAACGUCAAGUGCACAAAUAUAUUCUUAGAUGGUAAAUUCAAUGCCAAGUUAGGCGGUUUUGGCCUUUCGAGAGCGUUUGAUGCAGCAGAGGGAAGUCAUUUGAAUACAGCCAUAGCCGGGACUCCUGGUUAUGUUGACCCAGAGUAUUACACAUCAAACAUCUUAACAGAGAAGAGUGAUGUGUACAGUUUCGGUGUAGUUCUAUUAGAGAUUGUUACUGCAAAACCAGCGAUCAUAAAGAAUGAGGAAAGGAUGCAUAUAAGUCAAUGGGUUGAGUCUUUGCUCUCUAGAGAAAACAUCGUAGAGAUUCUUGACCCUAGCCUUUGCGGUGACUAUGAUCCAAACUCUGCUUUUAAGACCGUGGAAAUCGCUGUGGCUUGCGUUUGUCGAAACUCUGGUGAUAGACCAGCGAUGAGUCAAGUUGUGACGGCUCUUAAGGAGAGUUUGGCUGUAGAAGUUGAGAGGAAAAGGCAUUUGCCGGUUGUAUCAACAGAUUCAGUUGAAGAUCUUGCACUUGGCUUUGGUUCCAAUCCACCUCCUCGUUUGAGAUGAUUAUUUAUUGACUUUGGUUUUGUAAUAUUUGAUCUCUGUAAAAAAAGAAAAAUUGGUAUGUAUGUUUGGUUUUUUUUUUGUGAUUUGAAUAAGAAACCAAAAGAAUCUUUGUUCAGACAGAUUUGAGGA